AUGGCAAUUCAUGUCUCUUUGCAUUUGUUUUUCCUCUGUCUCACAUUUCCAUAUUUUGUGCAAAUUUUGGCUGAAUCAGACACUUAUAUUGUCCAUAUGGAUUUAUCAUCAAUGCCCAAAGCCUUUUCUAGCCACCAUAACUGGUACUUGACCACUCUUGCCUCCAUAUCAAAUAGUAUCGAAACCAGUACAGAUUUCGUGUCGUCUUCUAAACUUGUCUAUGCUUACACUAAUGUUAUGAAUGGUUUUAGUGCAACUCUCUCACCUUCUGAGCUUGAAUCUUUGAGAAAUUCCCCGGGUUAUGUUUCUUCAGUUAAAGAUACAAGUGUCAAAGUUGACACCACUCAUUCGUAUCAAUUUCUCGGCCUGAAUUCUAACCAAGGGGCAUGGCCAGAUUCAGACUAUGGAAAAGAUGUCAUAAUUGGGGUGGUGGAUACCAGAGUUUGGCCCGAGAGUAAAAGCUAUAGAGACGAUGGAAUGACUGAAAUUCCAUUGAGAUGGAAAGGGAAAUGUGAAAGUGGCACUCAGUUUAAUUCCUCCAUGUGCAACAAAAAGCUUAUUGGAGCAAGAUACUUCAAUAAAGGCCUACUUGCAAAAUUCCCCAACUUGACCAUCGCCAUGAAUUCUGCACGAGAUACGGACGGGCAUGCGACUCACACUACAUCAACAGCUACUGGGAAUUUUGUUGAGGCAGCAUCAUUCUUUGGCUAUGCCUCAGGGACUUCACGAGGCAUGGCUCCUAAUGCUCAAAUUGCCAUGUACAAGGCCUUGUGGGACGAAGGUGUUUAUUUAUCUGACAUUCUGGCUGCAAUUGAUCAGGCAAUCAUGGAUGGGUGGAUGUAUUGUCCUUAUCAUUGGGAAUAG